AUGGUAAAACCAUUCCCUUUAUUAAGGUUUCCGAGUGCCGAGUCAAGGCUCGAGGAUACGAUUAGUAGGGAUUCUGGUAAUUCCAGCGGAGGCACGCCGGAGGCUGGUCGGAGGGGAACUAUUAUCAGACAUAACUCCUAUCCUUCUCCCUUCAUGAAUUCUUCUGCAGUUCAAACCUUUACAGAAGAUCAUUGUGACAGAAAACCGUAUGAUACAGUAUCUUUGACAACGGGUGGACCCAAGUACAAUGAUGAUUCACUUUCUGUUCGAAGUUUAGAUUCAAACUCUAAGACUUGGUCUCCACUAUCGGAGGAGAUGCGGCCUCACCUCCUCCGACGGAACUGUGCAUCCUCUGAGGCUAGAUCUCUGGAACCAACUAAACCUGAACUUAACUCUACAGAAUCAAAUUAUAAGAUUGAGAAGAUUGGAUUGGUUGGACGUGUAUUGAGAAGGAUUCUAAAACUGUUCUUCCUUCUUCUUCUUCUAUCUGUGAUAUUCUUCUCCUUUAUCCUUAUUCUGGAAAUAGUUAAAAGUUACAAGUGUAUGAGUCAAGGAAGGCUUCUGAUUGACACGGACGAACUAUCGGUGAAACUAAAACAAAACCUGUUUGGUCAACACAUUGCUCAGCAAGAAAUCGUCUCUGCCAUAGAUAGUUUUAUAAACGAGUCUAGUGAUUCAGGGGGCAAACCACUUCUAGUGCUGAUCCUAACAGGAUGGUUGGGAAGCGGGAAAACAUUCACUACUAGUCUUAUAUCUAGUGUCUUCCCUGUUCCCGGGAACAUUCAUUCAAUCAUAGGAACUUAUCUCUCCUCUUCUAGUUUAACUGAUCUACAUAAAAUUAUCUCAAGAUCUUGCGGUUACAAUCUUCUCAUACUAGAUGAUGUGGAUAGUGGCGAAGAGGUAGGACUGCGUAAACUGGAAACUCUUCUAGUCUCGCUAGCGUCAGAGGUGGAAGCUCAGAACAAUGGAACUCUGGUUUUAUUAACAACCAACAUAGGAGGGCAUUCUAUCAAUAGAUACAUGUUAGAGAAGGUUAAAGAAGGAUUUAGUAGCCUGGAUACAGUUGAAGGGGAUUCAAUCAGAAAACAUUUACAAGAAGACAAAGUUUCUCUUCCUCUUCAAGCCUUUUUGUCAGAAUACAAUAUUCCUGUACAUGUUAUUCCCUUCCUUCCUCUAACCAGAGAUCAAGUGAGAUCAUGCAUUCACGCUGAAUUAAGAAGAAACCAUAUGACUAUGAGCAAAGACGAUAUUAACAAAGUAUUGGACCAGGUUCAAUUCUUCAACAAGGAAUUACCAAUCUUUGCCAAGACAGGUUGUAAGAAGAUAAUGAGUAAAGUCAACAUUGCUCUGAACGGACAUUUGGAUCUUUAACAGCUGUGAACACAAGAUUCAGGAUACAUGAUGCAGGAUUCUGGUGUCUGGAUUCUGGAUUCAGGAUUCAGGAUGCAGGAUUCAGGAUUCAGGAUUCAAGAUUCUGGUUUCUGGAUUCUGGAUUCAGGAUGCAGGAUGCAGGAUUCUGGAUUCAGGAUUCAGGUCCAGGAUUCAGGAUUCAGGAUUCUGGAUGCAGGAUGCAAACAUUGGGCGCAGCCCUUGGCCAAUACCAGGACUUUCCACUUUUUUUGCUCGGAGAUCUCAAAAUUUUAAUCGAAACUUGUAUUUUACGAUAAAGCUCCUAGUUCAUGAAGAGUGGACAUGUUAAAUUUGAGACCCUUUUCAUCUGAGAAAUUAAAAUCUAGAUCUUCGACGACUUUACGUAUUUGUAUCCUCAAGUAGAAUUUUUAGUAAAAUCUCCACGUUCAUAUUUUUUUCUUGAUCUUUGCGGUUGUUUAAUGUGUUCUAUACUUUGCAAGGUUGGUUAUUAAGGGCAUCCCGAGUAUCUAACCUCAAUAUACAACCUUGGUAUUUUCACAAAGGCAUUUUUCAUAUCAAAAACUUUCCCAAACUUAGGGGGAACAAUUAUGUAACGCUGCGGGUAUGAUAUUUGGAAUUGUGUCACUUGUGAAGUUUUUUGGUAAAAAUGUACCAUUGUACUAUCUGUCGGAUCAUAUGAGACUUCCAGUGCAAAAUUGUUACAUGUGAGCACCCUCUUAACUUCCUCAAUACAUUAAAUGUGAUAACCUUUAUUGUAACCAUAUCAGAUCACGUUUCAAAGCGUUUAAAAA